GGACAGGUGACUCACGUCCACGAAUCGCCUCACGUUAUCUUUAUGGCUCCCUCUCUGCCUCUCGAUAUAAGAGCUUUUGCAGGGAACCCUAAAAUCAAAAUGAAGGAAGCAAUGGAGUCCAUUCUUUUCACUGCAGCUUUACUUCUCUCGUCUCAUGUCUUUCUUACAUCGGCGGCCGGCCCGUCGGUCAUCGUCGUCGGAGCCGGAUUCUCCGGGAUAAGUGCGGCGAAAACGCUAUCAGACGCCGGAAUAACUAACAUAGUUAUACUGGAGGCAACGAAUCGCAUCGGCGGCCGGAUCUGUAAGGUUCCGUUUGCUGGACUCAAUGUGGAGAAGGGAGCAAACUGGGUGGAGGGAGUUAAUGGAGACAAGAUCAACCCCAUUUGGACUAUUUCAAACCAGCUUAACUUGAAAAAAUACUACUCCGACUACAGCAAGUUGUCCUCAAAUACUUACAAGGAAGGAGGUGGGCUGUACGACGCGGCGGAGAUUCAGUCGCUGAUCGACACCGCCGACGAAGUGAGUAACGCUAGCGAGCAAUACUCGAACUCUUUGCCGACCAGCGGCCGGGGAGACAUCUCCAUACUGGCAUCCCAGCGGCUUCAGAAUCACGUGCCGUCCUCUGCUGCGGAGAUGGUGGUGGACUACUACAACUUUGACUAUGAGUUUGCGGAGCCGCCACGUGUCACGAGCUUACAGAACACAGUUCCGCUGGCCACAUUUGCAAACUUCGGUGAAGAUGUGUAUUUUGUGGCAGACCAGAGAGGUUAUGAGUCGGUGGUAUAUCAUGUGGCUCACCAGUUCCUCAAGACCAACAAAGAUGGCACCAUAGUUGACCCCAGGCUUAUUCUCAACAAGGUGGUCAGAGCAAUCGAACAUUAUCCAAGCGGCGUUACUGUCAAAACAGAAGAUGGCUCUGUCUAUAGAGCAGAUUAUGUGAUAGUUUCUGUGAGCCUUGGUGUGCUUCAGUCCAAGCUCAUACAAUUUGUGCCAAAGCUUCCUGAAUGGAAGAUCCUUGCAAUAUAUGAAUUUGACAUGGCCAUUUACACAAAAAUUUUCAUUAAAUUCCCCUCCUCAUUUUGGCCCACCGGCAAUGGUACUCAAUUCUUUCUGUAUGCAAGCGAUAGACGUGGAUAUUACGCUGUUUGGCAGCAUUUCGAGCGGGAGUACCCGGGAGCACACGUUCUGCUUGUAACCGUGACGGACGAUGAGUCUAGGAGGAUCGAGCAGCAACCUGACUCGGUGACGAAAGCCGAGGCUAUGGAGGUGCUGAGGGAGAUGUUUGGAAAGAACAUACCAGAGGCGACUGAUAUUUUUGUACCAAGGUGGUGGUCAGAUAGGUUCUAUAAGGGCACUUUCUCAAAUUGGCCAAUUGGUGUUAACAGAUAUGAAUAUGAUCAAAUUAGGGCUCCUGUUGGAAGGGUUUACUUCACUGGAGAGCAUACCAGUGAGCACUAUAAUGGUUAUGUUCAUGGCGCGUAUCUUGCAGGGAUUGAUUCGGCCAACAUAUUGAUCAAGUGCAUCAAGACUGGAGACUGCAAGUAUGUUGUGAAGGCAAAGGAUGAAUGAUGAAUGAAGUAGGUGGAAAUUAAGCCAAGUGCCGGGGGGUAGUUCUGUGUUGGUGAAAAUAAGGAGCUGAAGCUUCUGUUUCUGCCCGAGUUGAAUUGCUGAGUGUGAGUGUUUGCUUCUUGUUUUUCUGUAUUCAGAGGCAGGCUUUUCAUUGUGCUUGCUUGUGGUGCAAUUAACAGAAUGUUGGGGGGGUUUUUUAAGUUAGUUCUGUAAUAUUUGUAUUAGUGUUAUCAAGCUAAGUAUUUUAAUGUAUCUAUUUCAUCA